GAGAGGAACAAGAGCAUCCCCCAGCUGUCCCGAGAGCUGAAAACUUUCCUCUGUCCUUUGGAAAAUGAUCCGGCUAUUCAGUGCUGUGAAGCAGACCUUGUGCAUGAAAUCAGUACUGCAGAGGCCCAAGAAGACCCUCAUCCCGUCAUCACUCCUUCCCACAGCCCACCAGAGAUUUUUCACAGCCUCUGCCGUUCCCCUGGCAAAAACGGAUGCUUGGCCAAAAGAUGUGGGCAUCCUCGCCCUGGAGGUCUACUUUCCUGCCCAGUACGUGGACCAGACGGAGCUGGAGAAGUAUGACAGUGUGGAAGCUGGCAAAUACACGGUGGGCUUAGGCCAGACCCAAAUGGGAUUCUGCUCUGUUCAAGAGGACAUCAACUCCCUGUGUUUGACAGUGGUGCAACGGCUGAUGGAGCGUACCAAGCUCCCUUGGAACGAUGUGGGGCGGCUGGAGGUGGGCACAGAGACUAUCAUUGAUAAGUCCAAGGCCGUCAAAACAGUGCUCAUGGAACUCUUCCAAGAUUCAGGGAACACAGACAUAGAGGGCAUUGAUACCACCAAUGCCUGCUAUGGAGGCACUGCCUCCCUCUUCAACGCUGCCAACUGGGUGGAAUCUAGCUCCUGGGACGGUCGCUAUGCUAUGGUGGUAUGUGGUGACAUCGCCGUCUACGCCAGUGGGAAUGCUCGAUCUACUGGUGGGGCAGGGGCUGUAGCCAUGCUAGUCGGGCCCAAUUCUCCCCUGGUCCUAGAACGAGGACUUAGAGGAACCCAUAUGGAGAAUGUGUACGACUUCUAUAAACCUGACCUGGCCUCAGAGUACCCUGUGGUGGAUGGGAAGCUCUCAAUCCAGUGCUACCUUCGAGCCUUAGAUCGAUGCUAUGCAUUUUAUCGAAAGAAAAUCCAGAAUCAGUGGAAACAAGCUGGCAUUGAGCGGCCUUUCACCCUGGAUGACUUCCAGUUCAUGAUUUUUCAUACACCUUUCUGCAAGCUAGUCCAGAAGUCCGUGGCACGUCUGGCAUUCAACGAUUUCCUGUCAGCCCAGAGCAAUGUUCAGAAUAGCCGCUACAAGGGUCUAGAGGCCUUCAGGGAUUUGAAGCUGGAGGAUACCUACUUCAACAAGGAUGUAGAGAAAGCUUUUCAAAAAGCCUCUCUGGAUAUAUUCAACCAGAAAACCAAAGCCUCACUCAACCUGUCCACUCUAAAUGGGAACAUGUAUACCUCUUCCCUCUAUGGGUGUCUGGCCUCCCUCCUCUCCCAACAUACUCCCCAGCAACUGGCCGGGGCCAGGAUCGGUGCCUUCUCUUACGGCUCUGGCUUGGCAGCAAGUUUAUUUUCCAUCCAAGUUUCCCAGGAUGCUACUCCAGGUUCCCCCCUGGAGAAAUUAGUGUCUAGUGUAUCAGACUUGCCCAAACGCCUGGCCUCCCGCAAGUGCGUGUCUCCUGAGGAAUUUUCUGAAGUCAUGAACCAGAGAGAGAAAUAUUCCCACGAAGUGAAUUUCUCUCCCCCUGGUGAUGUAAACAGCCUCUUCCCAGGCACGUGGUAUCUGGAGCGAGUGGAUGAGCUGCACCGCCGGAAGUAUGCACGGCGUCCUCUCUAAGGAGGAAAAGAUGGACCAGGUGCUGUGGUGAAUCACCAGGCCCGUUCAGCCACAUGGCGAAGUGAGCUCCAGGAGACACUGGCCAUGAGCGAUGCAGAAAGUCCACAUUACAGCUUCCAGCAGCAAAACUGUCUUCAACUACCAAAGCAUCACAUGGGCUGGAUCAAAGGCCCAACAUGAACACACAGCAUGGAGCUUUCCCUAGCAACACAUCCCAGUGAUGAACUCUUUGCUAAGCCUUUCUUUAGCCCUGCCCCUUUGAAGACCAGCAGCACCGCUCCCCACCCCUAUCCCCUGCUAUAUGAAACACAUUUAUGAGGCCAAGUUCAAAGGGCUUUCUUGGUGAAUGGGGAAGAAUAUGGAAGACACAAAGUGAAAUCUACCAUUUACCCCCAGGAGAGUAACAUGGGUAACAUCAUUGUGCUCAAUUUGAUCCAACAAGCAUCAUUAAGUUCCUACCUACUGUGUGCCAGGUACUAGGCUAGGAAUAGAAAGAUUCUAAAAUAAAAACAUUCCUUGCCCUCAAGGAACUUACUCUCUAAUUGGGAGAGAUAGGAAAUCUACACAAAUACAUUACUAUGUAGAAUAAGGGCAAAGUAGGAGUCUCAGCAAAUAAUAAUAACACAUUAAUACAA